AUUGCUUCUAUCUUCUGCCCUCGUUUCCUUCCCCCCUUCUUUCCACCUCCUGAUUGUGGUUCGACCCCUAGUGUCAGUCACCUCUGCUCUUUCAUUGUUCAUUCUUCUUCUUCCCCGGUACCUUAAUUUUCCUCAUCUCGCCCACUAGCUCGAUACCGCUCUCGUGAGCAGUUCCCGACCCAUGGAACAGUCGUAGGUUCCUGAAUCCCUACACCUUUGUUCUCACAACCACCGCCCAUCGGCUGUUCACGAAUCCACGACGAAACGGAUUCGCUACUCUGUCCCAUAACCCAAUCUGUCAUAAAACCGUUCUUACUGCUUUUUCCUUGCUGGCGACCGAGACGGCUGGAAAUUCUAAAGUGGGCUUAGUGGAUCACCAACCCCCACACCUAAUUUUCCGCCCGGAAGUACAAAUCCGGCCUACAAAGCAAAUGUUCUCCCUCUCCUCACACUGAAUCACAUCAUGCUUGCUCAAAUGGACGCCCUGGGGGCCUUCACCCACCUCACCGAGAAUAUUCCCUCCUGGAUCGAUGGACUUGCGGAACUAUCCGCCUAUACCGCUGCAAAACACGCAGAAUACGCUGAGGCGUACAGAAGACAUGUUACUGUGAGACCGCGCCGUCGCAAGAACAGCUCUGUCGGCUCCAUUCGCAACAAGGACCUGCACUCAUCGGCCCCCGAAACAGAAACACGGCCCCAAUCCUCCGCAGCGGCAAUACAUACCACCGUCACCACGCCUGAUACCUCCCAACACCAAGCGAAUGUGAACCCUCGUAAACGUGGUGCUGAAGAUGCGCCCUCCAUGGAAGCCAGGGACAGGGACCCGCUUGUCAGUACGCGCAGCAACCUCACCAUCCAUUAUGACGGGCACACACAACACGUGCUGGAGGAAAUGGUGUGCCAUAUUGGGACAGCUCGCAACAACAUCCGAAAAGGCAGAAUGUCUCAGCUGCCAUUGCCGGGGUAUCGCAGCAAGAUGCUGGACAGAAGCUCAAGAAUGAAUAGCUUGGCCCCUUCACUAUCCCCCUUGGACUCUGGCAAAGAUGAUGUGCUAUCUAGCAUCCGCAGAGCCCGCAACCGGGGCCCUCCGAUGCCUCGCGCUCGGGAAAUAUCUAAAGAGUCGCCAUUCGAUAUGGCGGAGAAGCAGCUGGAACUGGCUCACGGGGUGUGUGAGACAGCUGCAUAUCAGUUUCUCCGGUCCGGAGAUUGUUCGACGGAUUUGACCAGCGUAGAAGGCAAAUUCAAGAGCCUUUUAGACCUGGCUACCAAUGAGGUCCGUCGUCUGAAAGCAGUACAGCCAGAGGACCAGACGGUAGAGGAGGACAAGAGAAAAAUACCGAUUGUGGAAUCCGCGGCUACUACCAUUGAGGCUGACAGGCAGUCUCUGUCGAAGAUGGACACCAUCGAGGUGGAUGAUAGUGCGCAGUCGGUGGAAUCGAUCGAUUUGACUGCUUUUCGCAUUAAACGCCUUCGUCAAUAGAUGUACCAUGGCGACGCACAUACAGCAUUGCUGGCGCACUCUUUUAGCGUGACUGGAUCGUUUCCCUUCCAGUUUCAUUUCUACAUAAGCGACGAUACCACCGAGAUACUCCUUUGUUUUGUGUUCAAUCCCCGUCUCUUCCUGAAAGUGCAUUGUUAUAGCCAUCUAUCAUUGGUCAUAUCUACUCGCGUGACUCUCAUUAAAGCGCGUGGAGUUGGCUGGGGCAUUUGUUUUGUCUGGAUUUGUUUUCCAUCCCUUCCUUGCUGUUCACCAAAGCAAAAAUCUUACUGUCUGCAUAG